AUGGGCUUGUAAAUUUGAAUACAUAUAAAGAAGACCAAAUGCAGCGAGUUUCAAUGCUGCCGCAGAAUUCUGUCUACAUUGUAGACCGGGAGGGUUGUUUCGUGAUGUUCGCUGGGACAGCAAGGAAUACGAGAAGAAUCCGACGUGUCAAUGGAUAUAAUCCGCAUUUUAAAAACUGACUACAUUUUCAGUUUUUGUUUCUCUGUUUAUACCAAUUUACAUAUCCUGCGGGUUUAAAUCGGGUGAGUUGCCUAUGGUACAGUAUUUUAUGAUGACAACUGCCCUCGGCCCUAUAUCUUUAGACAAUUUCACCGGACAGGAGCUUUUAGAACUGGAAAACGAAUCGCGACGACCAUAGCGAACUAGCUAGCUCAGUAACCUAAAUACUGAUAGAUUUGAUAAAAUACACUAAAGAAAACCUGCCUGCGAACUACUGUGUACGCAUAAUCUGUGGUUGGCUGAGCUGAACCGGUUACCUUCCAAGCGACCGUGAGGGCAGGAAUGUAUUUUGCGUUAAUCCGUUCUGGAAAAAUAUCUAGACCUCGCCCCCUUAUAAAGUCUUUAGUACAUAGCUAGCCUAGUUCUAUAUCCGCGAUCCUCCUUCGUGAUUUACUUCCCUGAACGUAGGUACAUCAUCUUGAGAACCACUACUCUAGUCGGUUUUGUCUGCAGUACACAAUGGAAUCUAAACCACCCCCAAAUUUUUCCUGGAUUGAGCCAAAAAAAUUGGCCGGAUUAGCGUUGCCCAGACUGACUGCACAUUAUCAAUAUUUGCUGGACACUGGUAUACAGCACUUGGUUUGUCUUUGUGAAACGAAGCCUCCAUUCUGCGACACCUGUCCCGGACUGACACUGCACCACAUAGCAAUAAGAGACUUCUGUCCACCCAGUUUGGAUCAAAUCAAAAGGUUCAUGGCGAUUGUUGAGGACGCAAACCGCAAGGACGAGGGUGUGGGAGUUCACUGUCUACAUGGCCAUGGGAGAACUGGGACUGUGCUGGCCUGCUAUUUGGUGAAGGCGAAAAACAUGUCUGGGGACCAGGCCAUCCAGGAGAUUCGACUACUGCGCAGUGGGUCCAUCGAAACGAGCGCACAGGAAAAAGCAGUGUUGGACUUUUAUCAUCAUUAUAAAGAAAGCCUUUAAAACUUUGUUAGCAAGUACAAAUGACUGUUGCCUCAUUUCUUGACAUUCUUCAAAAACAUUUUACUCACUCUUGUUGCUCUUAAAUGUAUUUGUGGUAGUGAAAUUAAACCAGACUUCUGGUCUGUGGGAUUUCUAGAAUUAAAACGAAAGGCAUGAAUUGUUCUCUUUUCCCACUUCAGAAUGUUUUCCAUAAACAAUGAGCUUAUUUUCUACAAAUCAAAUGCCUGAGAACGAUUGACAUUUUCAAAGUGAAAGGAAUCAACACGUGGACUCAAUGUUAAAGAUUUUAUUUAAAAAUAGGUUGCAGGUGAAGUACAGUAGAAAUGAGCUACAGCAGUUUCAGUGCUCUCCAGCAACGAGUAACACACCAUUAAAAAAAAAAAAAGGGCCAGAGAGCUAAUACUACAAGAACCCUGGCAUUCUUUCAAAACCCAGACACACUCUCCUAACUCCUUUCAC